UCACUCUUAAUAUCCCAGAAGGUGUUUUAGAGAGACUACGAGAUGGAGAACCGUGAACGAGAAACCAUGGUGGAAGUGGAGAAGGGUGAUGGUCAGUGUUUCAUAGCUGAAGAGAAAGUAAUCUACAGAGGGUUGAAAACCAUGCCAUUUGUCAUAGGAAAUGAAACCUUUGAGAAGCUAGGAGCCAUUGGCACCUUAUCCAACCUCUUGGUCUAUCUCACUACUGUGUUCAACAUGAGCAGCAUUAAAGCUGCAACUAUCCUCAACAUCUUCAAUGGCACCACCAAUUUCUCUACUUUGAUUGGAGCUUUUGUAUCCGACACUUACUGGGGCCGUUUCAAGACCGUUGCUUUUGCUUCAAUUGCUUCCUUAAUGGGGCUGAUCUUGAUAGACUUCACUGCGGUAUUCAAGAACCUCCAUCCUCACAAAUGCAAUGCACAAGAGUGCGAAGGCCCAACAGCUGGUCAUUUGGCAUUCUUGGCAGCCGGUCUCGGACUACUAAUAGUAGGAGCAGCUGGGAUCAGACCAUGUAACUUUGCAUUUGGAGCAGACCAGUUCAACCCGAAAACCGAAGCUGGGAAAAAAGGAGUCAAUAGCUUCUUCAAUUGGUACUUCUUCACCUUCACUGUUGCACAGAUGUUGUCCUUGACAGUGAUUGUUUACGUUCAGUCAAAUGUUAGCUGGUCUAUGGGGUUCGCUAUACCAGCCAUGCUGAUGUUCUUGUCAUGUGGACUCUUCUUCAUGGGUUCAAAAUUGUAUGUGAAAGUGAAAGCCAAUGGUAGUCCAAUGACAAGUGUGGCACAGGUCCUAGUGGUUGCUUUUAAGAAAAGGAAAUUGAAGCAACCAGAGCAACCGUGGCUCUCCCUCUUUGUUUAUAUGCCUCCCAGUUCAAUCAACUCAAAGCUUCCUUACACACAUCAAUUCAGAUGCCUUGACAAAGCAGCAAUCUUGCUGUCGGAAGACGAAGUAAACACAGAUGGAUCUGCAGCCAAUCCAUGGAGGCUUUGCAGCAUGCAGCAAGUAGAAGAAGUGAAAUGUCUGGUGAGAGUCUUACCAAUAUGGUCUGCAGCGCUGGUGUACUAUGUUGUUAUAGUCCAACAAAACACCUAUGCAACCUUCCAAGCUCUUCAAUCUGAUAGAAGACUUGGAAAACACUUUGAGAUUCCAGCCGCAUCCUACUAUGUCUUCUUGAUGCUGGCCAUGACCAUUUGGAUCCCCAUCUAUGACCGACUUCUCGUCCCAUUUCUCCAAAGACGCACAGGGAUAGAAGGAGGCAUCACAGUGCUGCAGAGAAUUGGAGCUGGCAUUUUUCUGUCUAUUGUCUCCAUGAUAGUCUCUGCACUCGUAGAAGACCGUCGAAGAUCACUAGCUCUUACCAAACCAAUCCCUGGAAUCAGAACAAGGGGUGACGUUUCUUCUCUGCCGGGCUUCUGGUUGAUUCCUCAGCUCGCAUUGGCUGGACUUGCAGAAGCAUUCACUGCCAUUGGUCAAGUUGAGUUCUACUACAAGCAAUUCCCUGAAAACAUGAGAAGCAUUGCAGGGUCUCUCUUCUUUUGUGGACAUGCAGGUUCAAGUUACUUGAGUGGUUUCUUGAUUGCAAUAGUUCACAAAACCACAGAAGGUGCUGCAACUGGAAACUGGCUGCCGGAAGAUCUCAACAAGGGGAGACUUGAUUACUAUUACUACAUGAUUGCUGCUUUUGGAGUCGUUAAUUUCGGAUACUUUUUGCUCAUUGCGAGUUGGUAUCAGUAUAAAGGUACCGGGAUCGAUAGUAGUACACUUGAAGUCGAAGUUACUGAGAAAGUGGCCUAAACAACCUGUAUGUGGCGGAAUUUAGCCAGGAGCGCUUUAGAGCUCUCCGGUGAGCUUCAGUACACGGAACUCACAGCUUUUAACCUAACAUUUUGAUAUUAUAAAUGCAUCUUCACCGUGAAACUUUUA